GCUCAAACCCUGGUGGAAGGAGUGCCAGAUCCAGGAGGACCAGAAUGACAACCCGCUUCAAGAAGAACCGGAAGAAGCGUGGCCACGUGAGCGCCGGCCAUGGCCGUAUCGGCAAGCACCGCAAGCACCCUGGUGGUCGUGGUAACGCCGGAGGUAUGCAUCACCACAGGAUCCUUUUCGACAAGUACCAUCCCGGGUACUUUGGAAAGGUAGGUAUGCGAUACUUCCACAAGCUCCGCAAUAAGUUCUACUGCCCCAUUGUCAACAUCGACAAGUUGUGGUCACUUGUCCCACAAGAAGUCAAGGAAAAGGCCACCAAGGGUUCUGCGCCAAUGAUCGACGUGACCCAGUUUGGUUACUUUAAGGUUCUCGGAAAGGGGAUCUUGCCAGAGAACCAGCCCAUCGUGGUCAAAGCUAAGUUGGUCUCGAAGAUUGCUGAGAAGAAGAUUAAGGAGGCUGGCGGCGCUGUUGUGCUUACAGCUUAGGUUGGAUUCAGUUUUGGUUGUCGAUGAAGUUGAAGUUAUUGUGAGACUUCUGUUUUAAUUGUUGGGAUUCUAUUAAAAUGAGAUGUUCAAUGGAUGGUUUUAUUUUUUGUUUGAUUAUGUGCAAUAUUAGUACUUCAUUUGGGAUAACUACUCUAUGUUGCUUGUUCUUAUUGAUUUCUGUUUUUCAUCUGCUUAUUUUUAUUAUUUGCUAAUCUAAUUAUGUUCUUCUUUCCACUUUCUCCUGCUCGGUGUUGAUGGAUAUGUUUUUUUUUUUUUUUUUUUUUUUUUGGGUUAGAUCAUAAAUUGUUUGUUCUUUUGAUAAGAUGAAGAGGGAUUGUGGGGAUUCAUUACCUUGACCAUUUGUUGUAAAAUGUGUUAUCCCGACUAGUUUUCUUGCACUUUUUAUUGAUGCAGAAGCAGAAUUUGCAUUCAACAAUAAAUGGUUGAGUGAUCUUUGCAUGCAUAACUCAACUUUUGUUUGAUCUGCAUUCCAACUACUAGGCAUCCACUAUUGGAAACGCACGCUCACACUUCUGAUGGGAAACUAAAAUACCUGCAUUGCAUAAGCCAUAGGCAUUCUUCCCUUCUGUGUGUUUAAUUUAUGGUUGGGCUUGGUGGUGCUGUGCUGCCCUUUUACUACAUGGAUGAAUCUUGCAGAAAUAGACACAAUAAGUCAGA